AUGGGAAUCAAGGACCUCUCGAAAGUUAUUGCGGACAAUGCUCCUAAUGCGAUUAAGCUCAGUGACAUGAAGAACUAUUUCGGGCGCAAGGUGGCCAUUGAUGCCUCCAUGUGUCUGUAUCAGUUCCUAAUCGCAGUUCGUCAGGAUGGAUCACAGUUGCAGUCAGAAACUGGUGAGACGACGAGUCAUCUAAUGGGUAUGUUCUACCGUACUAUUCGUAUGAUUGAUAAUGGUGUGAAACCUUGUUAUGUCUUCGACGGAAAACCACCUGAUAUGAAGAGCGGAGAAUUAGAAAAACGUAGCGAGAGACGCGCUGAAGCUGAGAAAGGACUCAAUGAAGCUAAAGAGAAGGGUGACACUGAAGCUGUCGACAAAUUUGAAAGAAGAUUAGUUAAGGUCACUAAAGAACAAAAUAAUGACGUUAAAAAACUGCUUGAUCUUAUGGGUGUGCCUGUUAUCGAAGCUCCUUGCGAGGCAGAAGCGCAGUGUGCCGCUCUAGUGAAAGCGAACAAAGUUUUCGCUUCGGCAACAGAAGAUAUGGAUGCUUUAACAUUUGGCUCCAAUAUUCUCCUUCGUCACAUGACAUUUUCGGAAGCUAAGAAAGUUCCCAUUAAGGAAUUUUCCCUCUCCCGUAUCUUGACUGACCUCGACAUGACAAUGGAGCAGUUUGUUGACCUUUGCAUUCUUCUUGGUUGCGAUUACUGUGAGUCGAUACGAGGAAUUGGUCCGAAGAAGGCGUUUGAACUGAUAAAAACAUACGGGGAUAUUGAAUCGAUUCUAGAAAAUCUCGAUCAAAAGAAAUAUCCUCCUCCAACGGAUUGGCCGUAUCAACGCGCAAGGAAACUUUUUCUUACUCCGGAGGUGGCAGACUGCAGUGACAUAAAUUUAGUAUGGAAGGAACCUGACGUUGACGGAAUCAUCAGUUUUAUUGAGGACAGAAUACGAUCAGCAAUUGCAAAAAUGAAGAAGGGACGUGGAUCUUCAACGCAGGGUCGCAUCGAUAUGUUCUUUACUGUAGACAAGACUCUACAGUCAGAACCUACUUCUGCAAAAAGGAAGGCACAAGAAGAAAAGAAAGUAAUGAAGAAAAGAGGUCCUCCUCUCAAGAAAUCCAAAUAA